AGGCUCUGGACCCCCGGAGGGUCUCGUAUGCCUCCUCGCGGCGGGGGAGGAAGAGCACACGGUGGUGAUGGGCGAGCAAGGCGAGAGACCGUCGACUCCGCCGGGCCGGCCGAUGGAGUACCCCCGCGGGAGUAGUUGUGAGGCGGACAACGACGCUUCGUGUUGCCGGAGGAGGCCCACUCACCUCCCGCUGUCGAAGUCUGAGGGAAAGAAGUCGCCGUCCACUCAGCUGUCCAAGACGAACGUGCAGUUUCACAAAUUGUUCAAGGAAGUGAGCAGAGACGAGGCGCUCACACAAAGUUACACGUGCGCCCUGCAGAGAGACAUCUUGUAUCAGGGUAAAAUGUUCGUCUCGCCAAACUGGAUCUGCUUCCACUCCAAAGUCUUCGGCAGGGAUACGAAGAUCGCCAUCCGGGCCGCGUCUGUGACAUUCAUCAAGAAAACGAAAACGGCGUUGCUGGUGCCCAAUGCCCUGGUGAUCGAAAGCACACGGGAGCAGCAUGUCUUUGUGUCCUUCCUGUCCCGGAACACCACCUACAAGUUCCUGAGGUCCGUCUGCAUCCAUCUGGAGGUGGAGAAGACGUGUGGCAGCCAUGUGGCCUCCUCCUGUGAGAAUGGCUUCAGAGUCAAGCGCCCGCCGUCUCUUCCUCUGGACUUCGCCCAGACCUUCUCUGAUCUGGACGGCGUGGUGCGACACAGGCGACAGGGAAUGGAGGUGGAGACUAGUAGUAGCAGCUCCGAAUCGCAGACACCGGAUUGCUCCAAAAUGGCCGAAUUCGCAAGCCUCCCUGACACGUUUCUGAGCCGAGAGGUGUCGGUGCGCGCAGAUGUCCACCUCCAACCAGGCCAAAAGAACCGAGCCAAGAACGGACCAUCUAAGUCUACGGUGGCGGCAACACAGGCGGACAAAGCCUGGCCUCACACCACCUUGAUCACAGUCCUGAUAAUCUAUUUGUUUUUAGUCGGCAUCCUGGUAAUGUCCUCGUGUUACAUGGCUUUCAAGAUGGUGGCCCUCGAGCAUCGAUUGAACGCCAUACUGUCUGCCAGGAAUCGUGUGCACUUAGGAAACGCAGCGAGGCCCCAGGAUGCAGAGAUCUUCGGCCAACUCUCCACCAGCCUGUUUAAGCUUGAGAAGAUUCAAAGAAACCUACAGAAGCUUCUGGACGACAAUUAAAAAAAGAAGAUGAUGUGACCAAUGAUCUUCUCAGGACCAUGUGACUCCAGUAUGCAUGUAGUAUUAAUCACCAGUAGUAUUUAUGCACUUAAAAAAAACAACAACACUCUGCAGCUUCUCCUGUUUUUAUGUUCCUUUAAAAAAGUGCCUUUAAAUUAUAUUUAUGUAAUGUAUAUAUUUUUUUAAAUCACUCAGCUCAGCCUUGUCCACGCUAUUUCAUAUGUAUUUUUACAUCAACAUUUCUUGUCAAAAAAGGUCCAAUCUGUCAUUUCUGAAUAUGCUACCAUGUAAAGUUACACUUUACAGAAGGUGUUGAAUCAUUUUGAGUGCAACUUUACACACUUAGUGUGUUUUCUUGGUCAUGCAUUGUUCUGUUCUGUGCUCGACUUUGUCUAUUAAAAGAGUUUCAGAAG